AUGCUCGACCCGUAUUGGCGGACGCAUGCAAACAAAGAUAAAAAAGAACGUGAGCGGCCAAUGGAAUCCCCCCACAGACGUGGAAUUACUGGUAAUGUCGGAAAGUUUCAGCGGCGACAGACACUCCCAAAUUACGUGGAAGACGAGAGGGGUCCGGUCCUGCACCGUCCUGGGCUCCUGGGCGCUAAAUGGGCUCCAGGAUCCCCACCGCCGUCAUGGCAUUUCCCAGGCCUGGAAUGCACUGUGGUGACCGGGCCCCCAGCGAAACCCCCAAUUCGCGGGCUGGCUCCAGACAGGGGCGCGAAGUUCUGA